AUGACAUCUAAUGCCCCAAAAUUGAAGCGGUUGAGGAACCUGAUGGUGGAUGAGGGGAGCAGGCUCACGGUCAAGUGUGAGGCUACAGGAAACCCCAGCCCUACCUACAAAUGGUUCAAAGAUGGCAGUGAGCUCAAGAAAAGCAGAGAGGUCAAAAUAAAGUCCAGCCAGAAGAACUCCAGGGUCCAGAUCAGCAGAGCCAAGCUGGAGGAUUCUGGGAAUUACACGUGUGUGGCAGAGAACCUUCUGGGGAACUCCAACUCCACGAGCACUGUUCAUGUCCAAAGCAUAACUACCACACCGUCUCCAGGCUCGGGCCAUGCCAGAAGAUGCAAUGACUCAGAGAAGGCCUACUGCGUGAACGGCGGCGACUGUUACUUCAUACAUGGUAUCAAUCAGUUCUCCUGCAAGUGA